AUCUGACCGUGAGAUGCGUGAUGUUUUAUUGCAUCCCUUAGUAUACUUCUUAAUUUCUUUGCUUCCUUUCAUAUUUUCCUGUAAAUUAAUUACAAGGUUUAUAUUUUAUCAGGUGCAUGGGCACUGGCCGCUGCAGCCAGAGUUGCCACCAAAUCAGAUUAGAAGUUUUUCAAACAGAUUCCUAUAUUUUGAAGUGGUUAUGCUCAUGACAUAGCUUGGCUAGAUCAUGUCUUACUAUAUAAUGUACUUCAUCGUGUCUCAAGCUUUUGUGCUUAAUGGUGAGACAUGCCACAUGAUCUUAAAUAUGAUCAGUGAAAACUGGAAUACAUGCUAACAUGCACGUUUAUCUUGACUUUUCGGGGUUUGAUAUUCUUGAUGUUGUAUAAGGAAGGUUUGGUGCAAUAAAAGAUUGUAAUAUGUGGCUUCCUCAUUUUUAGGUACUGGAGAUAUAUAAACAGGACAAAGUAUACAAGUUAGUAAUGGGCACUUCAUAUGUGAUGCCAUGUGGGGAAGCCUUGGUAUGAUACAGUAAGAGAUGGUAAUUCGAGGGAGGUCAGAAUCCAAAUUUGUAGCUACCUACCCAGUUCCACACUAUGCUUUGCUGGACUACCCAUUUAUGUUUCCCUUAGGUAUUCCAAACUUAGUCCGAUCACAUGGGCGAUGGCUGAUCGAUGGCCUCUGCUUGGUACUGCACGAUAAGUUGGAACUACUGAUGCUCCAAUUGCAGCCAGAUGGCCACGUCGGCGGCGCUACGCGGCAACCAUAUCCGCAAGAACCGCACCCGUCGCAGGUAGGAACGCGCUACGGCACCUCGAGUCACACUAAACGGGGGUGCAACCCAUCAGUAUUUUCAGGUAGAGUACACAGAGGACAGAAGUACAUUGACGGAAAUGAUGACACCCUUCCACUGAAGCUCGCAGACGGCACCGUGAACUGCGACAAUCGCUUCAUGCUUGAAACCGGCAGGAGGGCCACCAUCACGACGGAUUGAUCAUGGUUUCGUCACCACGCUAACAUUCAGGAUGGCGACAUCUGCGCCUUCCAUUUCAAGCGCAAGGAAAGGCAUAAGGUCAUCACAUCGUCUCUCCCUCACCGUCCAUCACAUCGUCUCUAGGUAUAAGGUCAUCAGCAGGAUAUAUAUGAACCGUAUAUCGUCUUUAGCUUAUCUCAAUGUUGUGCUCUAUCAUCCACCUUGUAAGACUCUGGCCUAUCUUAUAAUAUGCACCUACUACCUUAUAUGUAUGAUGAUCGAACACUUUUCU